UCUUCCCUCUCAAAAGCUCAAAGUCGUUUUGGCAAAAGAUGGAUCUCUUGUUCCCCGUCCUUGUCACCCUCUCCGUCGCCGCUCUCCUCAGAGCCACCGUCAGUCUCCUCUCAUCCGCCCCCAAGAAGAAGGGCCUCCCGCCGGGCCCCCUCACCGUAUUGGUUGUCGGCAAACUCCUAUGGCUCCGCAAGUCCUUCUCGGCGGUCGAGCCAAUCCUCCGGUCCCUCCACGCCCGCUACGGCCCGAUGGUCACCCUCCACAUCGGCUCCCGCCCUGUAGUCUUCAUCUCCUCCCCGGCCAUCGCUCACCAGGCCCUCGUCCACCGCAGCGCCAUCUUUGCCAACCGCCCGCCACCCCCAGCCAUCGCGCGCUUCCUCUUUUCCAACCAGCACAACAUCAACUUCUCCUCCUACGGCCCCACUUGGCGUCUGCUCCGCCAGAACCUAACGGCGGGGAUCCUCCAUCCUUCCCGGGUCCGUUCCUCUUCGGGUGCCCGCGCGUGGGUCCUUAAUAUCCUUGUGGCGGAGCUCAAGUCCCAGCCUGGCGGUGGUGUUGUAUGUGUCGUCAACCACUUCCAGUCCGCUAUGUUCUGCUUGAUGGUCCUCAUGUGCUUCGGAGACAAGCUCGAGAAGAAGCAGAUUAAGCAGAUCGAGGAGGUUCAGCAACGGUUGCUUCUAGGUAUAAAGCGGAACGGCGUGCUCAAUUUCUUGCCACGGCUGAGCAGACUCGUGCUCCGGAAGCGGUGGAAGGAGUUGUACGAGGUCUACGAGAAUCGGAACCGCGUCUUUGUCCCACUCGUCAGAGCUCGAUCCAAGGUCAAGCGAGAGCAACUGAGCAAAGCCAAGAAGGACGAGAAUGAGGGCGACGGCGAUGGGAUCUUAUCCUACUUGGACACGCUCUUGGACCUGGAGUUGCCGAAGGAGAAGAGGAAGCUGGAGGAGGACGAGAUCGUGAGCCUCUGCUCGGAGCUCCUCAUCGCCGGCACCGACACGACGUCCACGACGCUACAGUGGAUCAUGGCCAACCUCGUCAAGUACCCAGAAAUCCAACAGAGGCUUUACGAUGAAAUCAAAUCAGUCGUGGGGCGAGGAGCGGAACAAGUGAAGGAGGAGGACCUGCAGAGGAUGAGAUACCUGAAGGCGGUAGUACUGGAGGGGCUGCGCCGCCACCCACCGGCGCACUUCUUGCUGCCGCACGCGGUGAAGGAGGAUGCGGAGCUGGGUGGGUACGUGAUCCCUAAGGAUGGGAUCAUCAACUUCAAUGUGGUGGAGAUGGGUUUGGACCCGGAAGUCUGGGAGGACCCGAUGGCGUUCAAGCCUGAGCGGUUCCUGAAUUAUGGCGGCGUAGGAGUUGGCGGGUUCGACAUCACGGGGAGCAGGGAGAUAAAGAUGAUGCCGUUUGGGGUGGGGAGGAGGAUGUGUCCCGCGUAUGGGCUUGCGAUGCUGCACCUGGAGUACUUCGUGGCGAACUUGGUGUGGCUAUUCCAAUGGGAGAUGGUGGCCGGCGAGGAGGUGGACCUGUCUGAGAAGCUGGAGCUCACCGUCGCGAUGAAGAACCCGUUAAGGGCUCAGAUUUGUCCUAGGAAUUUGGACUCCUGAAUUUGGGAAAAUCUUUGUGUAGUGUUGCCUUCUCAAUAAAUUCAAAUAAAUGAAUUACGUACUCUUCUCUCUUGUAUAUGAUGGCCUCUUUAUUAGAAAACCAUCAAAUAUUUUCUCCUUCACUAGGGACCUUAGGGUGCAAGAGGUACGAACUCUCACACGAUGAUGCCCAUCACUGAUCAAGACAAAUACAUGUUAAC